GCGCUCCCGCCCCACGCCCCGCUCCCAGCCCGCUCUUCCGCGCUGCCCCGCGCCGCCGCCGCACCUCCGCCCCCCGCACUCCUCCUCCUUCUCCUCCCGCGUGCUCCCUCUCCGCGCUCCCCGCUCCACAAGUGCCGCUCGCUCGGCUCCUCCGGCGCAGGGAGGCGCGAGGCUGCGGCCCGCGCGGGGCCGUCCGUAGCGCUGAAGGCGAACGCGGCUGAGGCGCGCCCGGCCGUUGACCGAGCCCUUUAUGUCCAGCUCCCGGCGCGGCGCAGCUUCCAGCAAGUCGAGCGGCGGCGGCGGUGCUGAGCCGGGGCUGAGAGGCGGAAUGGAAGGUUUCGUUCGGCUGCUCUUCGGUUACUUGGUGGCGGACUUGCUUACGCUGGUUUGUCGGGCUCAGGAGAAAGCCGGCCAGCAGCUGGGGAGUUUCGUGGUGCUCUCGGGAGGAAACCGCUCCAGCCUUGGGGAACAACCGGACCCCUCCGAGCCACCUCCCACCCCGGACUUCUGCAGGGGCUACUUCGACGUGAUGGGGCAGUGGGACCCUCCCUUUAACUGCAGCUCGGGGGAGUUCAUCUUCUGCUGCGGCACUUGUGGCUUCAGAUUUUGCUGCAAGUUUAAGAAGACAAGGCUGGAUCAAAGCACCUGCACGAACUACGAGACGCCGCUGUGGAUGAACACUGGGAAGCCUCCUUCCCGCAUAGAUGACCCUCUGCACGACCCCACCAGGGAUAAAACCAACCUCAUCGUCUACAUUAUCUGUGGGGUUGUGGCAGUUAUGGUGCUGGUGGGAAUCUUCACCAAACUAGGGCUGGAAAAGGCACACAGACCUCAGCGGGAGCACAUGUCCAGGGCUCUCGCUGAUGUGAUGCGACCACAAGGUCCUUGUACAACAGAUCAUAUGGAAAGAGAUCUCAACAUUGUAGUACACGUGCAACAUUAUGAAAACAUGGAGACAAGACCUCCUCCAAAUAAUUUACAUCCACCACAGAUGAAUAAUGUUAUGCCAACAUCCCCCCUCCUUCCUCAGAUGGCACAUCAACACUCAUAUCCCAGCUUGGGACAGAUCACAAACCCAUACGAGCAACAGCCCCCAGGCAAAGAGCUUAACAAGUACGCCUCCCUAAAGGCAGUCGCUGACAAAGUCAACGACGACUUCUACACCAAACGCCGACAUCUCGCAGAACUGGCUGCCAAGGGGAGCCUUCCGCUGCACCCGGUGCGCAUAGAGGAAGACAGAGCGUACACAAUCGACAGCGGCUUAACCAAACAGAACGGGCAGAAAUCCAAAAUGGCAAAGAUACACACACACCCGUUAGGCUACAAUUCCCAUUACAAGACCUGGGAUCCAAACGACCAGUCUCUUAGACGGCAAGCAUAUGCAAACAAGGGGAAAUACAGUAUGGGAGACCCAGCAUUAAGUGACCCACUGACAACGCGGAGUCAGAAUUAUUUGGGUCCACAGCCAUACUUCAUAACCAACAGCAAGACAGAAGUAACUGUUUGAGCUUUUCUUUUCCUUUUUUUUUUUUUUUUUUGUAAAGAAAUCCUUUAAAAAACACUCGCAAAUAUAA